AAGGGGGUGCCCAGGUGGCAGGGUGACUAUCACUGGGAAAGCUGCCUUCCAGCUUGGGGUGGGUGCGGCAGAGGCCCGCGUGACCUUGCUGCUGACAUUCCUCAGAGGCCACGUGGCCCCAACUGGCAGGGACAGCUGCGGACAGGGGCCGAACCAGCUUUGUUACCAGGGUGGCGCCCGCUCUCCAUCCAGGCCCUGCUCAGCUCCUGCCCAACUCUGCUUUCCUUCCCGGCCGGUACUGUGGGUCCUGUGCCAUGAGGGCCUAGAGGCAGAGAGCCCCCAGGGUCUCCCUGUGAGCCACAGGGCUUUGAGAAGAUGGGGCAGGACCAGACAAAGCAGCAGAUUGAGAAGGGGCUGCAGCUGUAUCAGUCCAACCAGACGGAGAAGGCAUUGCAGGUGUGGAUGAGGGUCCUGGAGAAGAGCUCCGACCUCGUGGGGCGUUUCCGUGUGCUGGGCUGCCUGGUCACAGCCCACUCAGAGAUGGGCCGCUACAAAGAGAUGCUGAAGAUCGACACUGCGCGGGAACUGGAGGAUGCCGACUUCCUCCUGGAGAGCUACCUGAACCUGGCGCGCAGCAAUGAGAAGCUAUGUGAGUUUCACAAGACCAUCUCCUACUGCAAGACCUGCCUCGGCCUGCCUGGCACCAGGGCAGGCGCCCAGCUUGGAGGCCAGGUCAGCCUGAGCAUGGGCAAUGCCUUCCUGGGCCUCAGCCUCUUCCAGAAAGCCCUGGAGAGCUUCGAGAAGGCCCUGCGCUAUGCCCACAACAACGAUGAUACCAUGCUCGAGUGCCGCGUCUGCUGCAGCCUGGGCAGCUUCUACGCCCAGGUCAAGGACUACGAGAAAGCCCUGUUCUUCCCCUGCAAGGCUGCGGAGCUUGUCAAUGACUAUGGCAAAGGCUGGAGCCUCAAGUACCGGGCCAUGAGCCAGUAUCACAUGGCUGUGGCCUACCGCCUGCUGGGCCACCUGGGCAGUGCCAUGGAGUGUUGCGAGGAAUCCAUGAAGAUUGCUCUGCAGCAUGGGGACCGGCCGCUGCAGGCCCUCUGCCUGCUUUGCUUUGCCGAUAUCCACAGAAGCCGUGGGGACCUGGAGACAGCCUUCCCCAGGUACGACUCCGCCAUGAGCAUCAUGACUGAAAUUGGAAACCGCCUGGGGCAGGUACAGGUGCUACUGGGUGUGGCCAAGUGCUGGGUGGCCAGGAAGGCACUGGACAAGGCUCUGGACGCCAUUGAGAGAGCCCAGGACCUGGCCGAGGAGGUGGGGAACAAGCUGAGCCAGCUCAAACUGCACUGCCUGAGUGAGGGCAUCUGCCGCAGCAAGGGGUUGCAGCGGGAGCUGCGAGCUCACGUCGUGCGCUUCCACGAGUGCGUGGAGGAGACGGAGCUCUACUGUGGCCUGUGCGGCGAGUCCAUAGGCGAGAAGAACAGUCGCCUGCAGGCCCUGCCCUGCUCCCACAUUUUCCACCUCAGAUGCCUGCAGAACAAUGGGACGCGGAGCUGCCCCAACUGCCGCCGCUCAUCCAUGAAGCCUGGCUUCGUAUGACUUCCAGCAGCAUCCACCUUGGGCUCUCCCCCACCCCAACUCCCUUUGCUCCUCCACCCCAGACUGGAAGCCCAGGUCCGCUCCUGAAGCACCAGGGCCACCAGGGUCUCCUCAGACAUAGUCAGGGCCUGGGGCCUGCCCACUGCUGCUCCUCUGGGCCCAACUGCCCUCCCUUGCCCCUUUGUACUUUGCUCUUUAUAGAAAAAUAAAUGGUUUGUACCUGG